CGCGCCCGCGGUCGCGGAGUGAGAACGUAUGGGCCGAGGCUUGAGCUGUCAGUCAGAGCGCGGCCAGGUCCGGGCCGAGGGGCCCGCGGGGCCGGCGCGGCCAUGGCGGCCGUGUUUGAUCUGGACUUGGAGACAGAGGAAGGGAGCGAGGGCGAGGGAGAUCCAGAGUUCAGCCCAGCGGACGUGUAUCCCCUUGCCGAACUGAGGGCUGCUGGCCUGGAGCCAGUGGGGCACUAUGAGGAGGUGGAGCUGACCGAGACCAGCGUGAACCCAGGCCCAGAGCGCAUUGGGCCCCACUGCUUUGAACUGCUGCGAGUGCUGGGGAAAGGGGGAUACGGCAAGGUGUUCCAGGUGCGGAAGGUGCAAGGCACUAACUUGGGGAAAAUAUAUGCCAUGAAAGUCCUGAGGAAGGCCAAAAUCGUGCGCAAUGCCAAGGACACAGCACAUACACGGGCUGAGCGGAACAUUCUAGAGUCAGUGAAACACCCCUUCAUUGUGGAACUGGCCUAUGCCUUCCAGACAGGUGGCAAACUCUACCUCAUCCUGGAGUGCCUCAGUGGGGGUGAGCUCUUCACACAUCUGGAGCGAGAAGGCAUCUUCCUGGAAGACACGGCCUGCUUCUACCUAGCCGAGAUCACCUUGGCUCUGGGCCAUCUCCACUCCCAAGGCAUCAUUUACCGAGAUCUCAAGCCUGAGAACAUCAUGCUCAACAGCCAGGGCCACAUCAAACUGACGGACUUUGGACUGUGCAAGGAGUCCAUUCAUGAGGGUGCCGUCACUCACACCUUCUGCGGCACCAUUGAGUACAUGGCCCCUGAGAUUCUGGUGCGCAGCGGGCACAACCGGGCGGUGGACUGGUGGAGCCUGGGGGCCCUGAUGUACGACAUGCUCACUGGAUCGCCACCCUUCACUGCAGAGAACCGGAAGAAGACCAUGGAUAAGAUCAUCAAGGGGAAGCUGGUGCUGCCCCCCUACCUCACCCCAGAUGCCCGGGACCUUGUCAAAAAGUUUCUGAAGCGGAAUCCCAGCCAACGGAUAGGGGGUGGCCCAGGGGAUGCUGCUGAUGUGCAGAGGCACCCCUUCUUCCGGCACAUCAACUGGGAUGAUCUCUUGGCCCGCCGCGUGGACCCCCCUUUCAGGCCAAGUCUGCAGUCAGAGGAGGAUGUGAGUCAGUUCGACACCCGCUUCACACGGCAGACGCCAGUGGACAGUCCAGAUGACACGGCCCUCAGUGAGAGCGCCAAUCAGGCCUUCCUGGGCUUCACAUAUGUGGCCCCUUCUGUCCUGGACAGCAUCAAAGAGGGCUUCUCCUUCCAGCCCAAGCUGCGCUCUCCACGUCGCCUCAACAGCAGCCCCCGGACCCCAAUCAGCCCCCUCAAGUUCUCUCCCUUUGAGGGAUUCCGACCCAGCCCAGGUCCACCAGAACCCAUGGAACCACCUCUACCUCCACUCCUGCCACCACCACCGCCACUACCCUCAAGCACUGCUCCCCUCCCCAUCCGCCCGCCCUCAGGGACCAAGAAGUCCAAGAGGGGCCGUGGGCGCCCUGGGCGCUAGGAGGAUGGAUAUGGGUGAGGGCAACACUGAGGCCUCUUCCCUGCAGGCUGUGAGGACAGCCAGACCCCAGCUGCUCCAGAGACCUGGGGUGUGUCUGUGGGACAGGAGUGAGUAUAUCUUUGUCGUGAAUGGCGGAGCCCCAGAAUCAUGCCCAUGGAGGAGGGGCUGUGACUGCUGGCAGGAGGGUCCUAGUGGGAGGGACUCCUGCCUUCAGCUGUGCCAUUGUGGAAUUAAAGACCUGAAUCAUGGCA